AUUGUGAUUGGAUACUGGAUAUCUACUAUGUUCAUCUUGUUUACAAACAGUUGGUUCAUUCAUAUUUCAAAACAGAGUAAACUUAUGUGUCACGAAUUUUCCAGAGACUGAUUUGGACGGAGAAUUUUAGUCGGAAAAAUGCUGUUGAAAACUAUUGGCAUGCGUAGGAUAUUAGAACCCAUCGAGGCUCAGGUUCAACGAUUAAGAGGAUUAUUGUCAACAAAAAACCCUGGAAUGCCUGAUGCUGCGAUGGAUUCGUCGUCGCUUUCUGAGGAAUUGCGCAUUUUAGCAGACGAGCUUGAGAAAUUAUUAUCAAAUAACAAUUGCUGCGACUCUGAAGAAAUGAAGAACAAAAUCGUUGCGUUGAUCGAACAAUUUUGUUCUACUAACAAAAACAAUGACUUGGUGAUGCAAUUGCACAAAGUGGACAGCCAAGAUCUAGUUUCUGAUAUCCUCGACAAAUUUACAAGCGCUUUGGAAGCUCUGGAGAAAUUGGAAUGCCUUCCGUUGAAACAAAGUCUCCAGGAUUCUUGGGACUAUGUUAAGGACAUGGGAGCUGAACAAGAGAUUGAAGAUUUUCAAAACAUCAAGGAAUUGGGAGCCUCAAUUGUGGAAGUUUUUGGCCCCCUCCAGAAGUACAGGAAAAGCUUGGCUUCGAAUCUACUAUCAGAAAAGGUUGCUCUGUAUUCAAGCCAGCUUUGCGCAGCUCUCAACGUACUCUUUCUACUUAUCCAGGAACAGCACCAACUCAACAGUCCAAUUUACAGUUGCAAGAAGUACGCCUGUGACAGAAUGAGUUGGUGCUUUAAAAUGCUCGUAGACGUUCUUGAUGCUCCUAAUCCAACAGUCGAAGAGGAAAAUUUCGAAAAAGAAAACCACUUUGUUUACAGAAUGGAUCUGGCACUAGACAUUUUGGCUGAAAUCUCAACAAAAACUGGGGAGGAACAAAUCCGAGAUUGCGAGAGUUUGUGGUUCGCAAUUGAGGACGUCUUUGCCCACGCAAUGGCGAUAGCGCAAGUCUGUCAUCCUUACAACUUCAACGCGAUUACCGGAGUUUCCCAGUCAAUAAUCACCGAGUACGAGAGCCUGAAGUCGCAACUGACCUCCGAGAAGCCUGAUCCCAGUAUAAACAACCUGUACAUGAACACUUUGAACGAUGCUCUGUACAGGCUUGAGCAAAAAGUAAACGUAUCGGUGCUGACUCUGGUCAUGGAAGUGUUCAGCGACCCUUGUGGUGCUCUCAGGAAGCUCAUUAAAACUUGCGGGAAUUCUUUGGCAGCGCGAGAGCGCAGCAGAAGCGACCUGAGCACUGCGAUCGAGGAGUUCGACCAAAUAACUGACAAAGCUAUGCAGAUCGGAAUGUUCGCAAUCGCUUGCUGCAAGGACUUGAACAGAGUAUCGAAAAUACGAACUUGCUUAGCUAGUCUGGAAUCUCUGGAGCCCGAACUUGUUCCCGCAACGACCGCCUUUUAUCUGCAUCCUGACAACAAGGAAAUGCGCGCCACCGUUAAAUUGUUGACCGGACAGUGGCAGUUGGAAAUGAACAAAUUGCACAAACUGGUCAACGUCAUCAUUGACUCUGGUGCAUAUUGUCAGGUAAUUCUGGAUGAUAUACAACAGCGAGUGAUGACGAUGUCCGAAUACCUUGAUAACAGAGAAGGUGUGACCCAAGCCCAGGUUCAAGGAGUCGUGCAAAAGGCUUUGUCACUAUCCAGCCAAAUAUCUGCAACAGUCGAAGACAUUGGGAGAGAUCAAAUCGAAAGGCCGACGAUUAUGAUGAUACAAGAACUGAAAGCUGCAAUUUACGAAGCUGGAAUGGCGUCAAAAAUACUCCUCGAUAGCGCGACAGAACCGCAGCAGUUGCGAGUCAUAAAAAGGUGCGAGCUAAUUCUUAAUGUUAUUAAACGCCUGCAGCCUGCGUUGGUCACUUUGAUAAACAGUUCGACCUCAAUGCACACAAGUUACGGAAAGGCAAGCAUGGGUCAAGGCGAUACAUUGCAUGAUCCAGGUCUCACAUUUUCUGCGGAUAUUUACGGAUUUACCAGAAAUGAACGAACCUUUACGUACAUCAGAACACCAUAUACAGUCAACAGCAACAAGCAGCCACUGUCCAUACAACCGGCGAACAGUUCGCCAAGGACUCCGACUAAUCAGUCGCGUUUGAUUCCAUAUAUAAAACGCGGCAGAACAAUGCGAACUGAGAGAUCGAUCAUGUACAAAACGCCGAAAGCCGAUGUCAAGGAAAUAUCUAUAAACCUGGACGAAACUUUUCAAACUAACAACCAAUCGAGAACUAGAAAUUUAUCCAUCGUCAGGCAGCACCUGUUCAGCAGGGACAGUUUUGACGUAAAACAAGACAUUGAUAUGAAUUCAGAGACUCUCGACUUGACUGGAAUAUUGGACAAGAUAACGUGUCUCUCGGACACUCUAAGCUCGACGUUAUCAAUUUCUUGCACCCCAGGAAAAGUUCAGAGUACAAAAGACACUUCGCUGCCUGAGGUAAAGGCUUCGCGAGAUAUUACCGAGAGUAUAAUUAACGUGGAGAGAGAUGCGAGCCUAACAAACUUGGGUGAAUCUAUGGCUGCAGACAGAAUCGACCAGUGUUCAACGAUCGGAGGCGGAGACGCGCCCUCGGCGAUCGAUACCCCGGAAAGAAUAGCAGAUCUGAAAAGACUGGAUAAGAAAAUUCAAGUUUUGCUUCACCAAAAAAUCUCUGCGGAUUAGUUAUCACCGUUAUUACUGUUAUUAAGCACGGGUAUAAUAUCCGAGUAGAUGGCUGAACUAAAAAAUGAGUGAAUUUUGAUAAUUUAUAUCUCGACAAGCAAUUGUUUAGUUCGAUCGGGGUUUGUUUUAUUCAAAAGUGUGUAGAUUGAGCUUCGUUUGCAUAUUUUUUUCAUUAGAAUUAACUGAUAGGAAGUAUUGUUAUUGACAAACAUUGAGGUCCUGGCAGAGAAAAUAAACUAUCUACGAUUAGUGUCUACGAAUUCGAAGUAAAUCGGUUGAGCCGUCUUCGAGAUAUCGUGCAAACCGUGAAAUGGUUAACGUUAUUGUUAGUAAAAAUGCUUACUUUUCAUCGAUUCUAAUAAGAAAAGUAUUUAAAUGGAAGUUGAUCUACAUACAUUAGAAUAAAUUAAACCCCAAUUGAAUUGCAAAAUCGCUUCUCAAGAUGUAAAUUCCCAAAAUUGAUCAACUUUUUCAGCAGUCUGCUCGGAAAUAAAACGAAAAAUAUUUUCACACUCAAGGAAAGAAUGUUUGAACGAAUGAAUUAUCUCUGAAGAUACUUUUUCCAAGAUGUUAGAUGAUAGCUUUAAAGGAUGCAUUUACCUAUAUCAUGUACGCUAGAAAAAAAGAAUCCAAAUUUCCACUGUGAAAUGCUUAUUUCACAUAAUAUUUCGAAAUUUCAACUCGGCAACUACAUCGAGCGUCAAAUGAUGAUAAAUUUUUCAUUUCCAUUAUUCAACAGUGUUGCGCGAGAAGGCUAAACGCAAGAGUUGAGUCAGCUGAAAGCUGUCGAUCCGUCCAU